CAGCGUCAGCGUGAAUUAGAAGAAAAGAGACUAAUAUAUGAGCUUGAACCCAAAGCUCCCGGGCUACCCCCUCAGAUUAAAAGCCUUCCCGCGGACGAAGAGUUCUCCUUCGCAAACAGCUGGGAUAUCACCAAGAUGAAAACAAAGUUGAUACUGACCGGUAAACUGGUUCAGCUGACCACGGGUAAUUGGAAAACCUUGGACGAUAUCAAGAAUGUAUACACGAAAAGGGUGUUUGUAAAACCGUCAGAUUUAAACAGAUGGCGUGACGACACGGCGUUCGGGCGACAGAGGAUUGCUGGUGUGAAUAAUGUAUUCAUCCGCCUUUGCCAAACUAUUCCUCGCAAGCUCAUGGUCACAGAUGACAUGCUUGAACCAUUCUUGGAGGGUCUGUCGUUACCAUUAGCAUUAAGCGACAGACGAAUUUUCAUAGUAGAUUAUGAAAUUCUUGAAAAUUGUCCAACAAGACCUGACAUCCAAGUAUGUGCCCCAAUAGCACUCUUCUUUUUGAGAAAUGAUGGUUCGCUGGUUCCUAUUGCGAUACAGCUACGCCAGGUACCAUCAGACGACAAUCCGGUGUUUUUACCCACGGACCCACCUUACACUUGGAUUAUGGCCAAAAUGUGGUUUAACAACGCUGACGUCUGUAUUCAUCAAGCGAUUACUCAUCUUGGGUUCACACAUUUAAUAAUGGAAGGCAUCAUAACUGUAACCCACAGACAACUUUCACAGUCACAUCCGGUCUUCAAACUUCUGGCGCCACAUUUUCUGUACCUCAUCGCUAUAAAUGCCCGAGCGAUUGAAAAGCUAAUGAGCCCCUCUGGCUGGAUAGAGGAAACGAUGGCGAUCGAUGUAAAAGGUUUUCACGAACUGAUCAGACGAUACAAAACAAAAUGGCAGCUUGACCUGGAGGGAACACUUCCGGCGGAUCUUGCGCAACGCGGUGUUGAUGACCCUGAAAUAUUAAGACAGUACCACUUCCGGUCGGACGCUCUCUUGCUUUAUGAGGCUUUGAGAACGUAUGUUUCAAAGUAUCUCAGGAUUUACUACGAUACCGACGAUAAAGUUCUGGCGGACGAAGAAAUUCAGAAUUGGCGGGAGGAAAUGGUUAAACCGGAAACCGACAAAGGACUAGGGAUAUUGGGUAUUCCGGGAAAUUCAGGAAAAUUCAUCAGCAAAACUCAACUUAUAACAGUGUGUACAUGUCUGAUCUACACGUGUAGCGUAGGUCACGCUGCGGCAAACUUUAAGCAGUAUGACGAAUAUGCAUUCCCUCCUAACUACCCAACAAAGCUGAGAGGAUCGCCGCCGACAAGUAAAGAUGCCCUUACUGAAGAGGAUAUUCUUGCUGCUCUACCGGAUAAGGAAACGACACUAAAUACCAUGAUCAUCACAAAAAUUCUAACUCAGAAGACCAACAAGCCUCUAGGAGAUUUCGAUGUGAAUUACGUGUAUGAUCCAGCCGCCGUUCAGGUUGUGAAGGAGUUCAAAGAGGAUUUGAAGAGAAUAAGCUCAACAAUAAAGACCCUGAACAGAUCAAGAAACCCGCCAUAUCCGUAUCUAGAUCCGGCCGAAGUUCCAAACGCUAUAAGCGUUUAAGCUUGGCUCGAAUUCCGCUCGAGUUACGAUUUUUCCUCAGGACAUCAAAUCUGAUUUUAGAAAGAAUACCAGAGAUUCACGACGCUUUAUUCACAAACGAGUAGAAAUAAAAGGAGUAUAUA